AGUUUGGAAACAUUUGCAAGUUCUCUGAUUCUGAGCAAUGUUUUGAUGAGAAGAGAUAUCCCCAAUCUAACCAAGUACCAGAUAAUUCUGGCCAGAGAUCAAUUUAGGAAAAACCCAUCUCCAAAUAUUGUGGGACGUCAUCAAGGCAUAAUUGACGGCGAGUAUGCCAUUUGUAUUAGUUUAUAUCAUGGUUAUGAAUUACUGCAGCAUAUGGGAAUGAGAUCAUCAUAUUUUUUCUUUUCUGGAAUUACGCAUGGAACAAAAGCUACAAACACCUCUGAAAAGAAAUAUGAUGACACAAGAGUUAUGAUUGUUUUCUUCAUUUCGAGACAGUGUUCAGGAAAUUGCAGAAAUGCUUUGAAAGCAUCAGCCAAUUAUUAGAGUGAUGACGUUUGUUGGCCAUGCUUCAGGGAAAAGCAUGAAAGGUUUUACCAAGAAGGAGCAGUUGGAGGUAAUUUUGUAGAUGCUGAAACAGAAAUAAAACCAAUUAACAUUUAACCUUUUUUGUAAUCACUAGUCACUUGGCUACCGAAAUAAAAUUUUAUAACAAAUGUGAAAAAAAAUGACAAAGUACGUUUU